UUUGUAAUCAAACUCCAGAAACACGAGGAAAACUGAAACACGAGAAUGAAUGUACUUCGUUCACUCACAAGAAUUACACGGCCAUGUGCCCAGUUGGCAAGAACAAUGUCUGAUGAGAGUCCUAGGUCGAUGGAAAGAUGUAUAAAUGAAGUAACACUGAUGGGACGAGUAGGUAGAGAUGCUGAAUUGAGAGGCAGAGAGGAUAUGAACCAAGUUGCUGUAUUUUCUCUUGCUACAAAUUAUAGAAUAAGAAAAAAAGACACUGGAGAAAUUACACAUGAUACAGAUUGGCACAAUAUUGUUGUGUUCAACCCAUUCACACGGGACUUUGUAGCCAGUAAAAUUAAGAAAGGAGAUCGGCUUUUGAUACAAGGACAGUUGUCAAAUAAAAAAUAUGAAGAUCCCACGACUAAUGAAAGAAAAACUGUUAGUAGAGUAAUAGCAAGAAAUGUUAUAAAUCUGACACAGAAAUGGAGAAAUGAAGAACAAUCUAUUCCUGGAGAUGAACAGGAGUAUGAAAAUCAAGAUCAAAGUUUAUAGACAUUAUAAUUUGUACAUUUGUUAUUGUUUGUUUAUGUAUUUUUAUUUCCAUCAUUUUGUAUUUUAUCAUUUACAUUUCUCAUGUGGUUGAGUGUUAUCAUUUACUUUUGUCAUGACCAAACUUGCCUGGGAUCCUGGUCCAAUCUCUUCUUUAUAUCAGUAGGUUCACACCUAUAAAAAUUCAUGUGACCAACAAUUUUUAGUACUAUUCAGAACAAGUUACUUCACAUGUUAAAAUUUUAGAGAAAUGAAUAAAACAGAUCUGGGUUUUGAUCUUAACAUUGUAAAUAAAAAGGAUUAUAGGAAUUACAAUCCAAUACUAACACCUGACUGAGUAAUGAUUUAAGUCAGUAGACUUGACAACUGUGGCGUAAUUUUUGGAUUGUCGUCUGUUUGCUCUUUUUGAAGUAUACCCCUCAUUUCCGUUUAUUCAUUUAUAUUGUUAAGAAGUAUUUUUGCUAAUUUUAGGACAAUUGUCAAUAACCUAAUGGCAAAUUCAUUGUUUCCUGUUGUGAGUUUGAUAUUGAAGAUAUCCCACAAUGCAUCAUUCUUAAAUCCAAUAAUUUGUGUAGUUCUGCUUAGUUUAUACUGGAUUUCAGGCAGUUACUUAAUCUUCCCUUGGAUCUUGGACCAUUAAAAAUCUCAGUCAACAGGAAACCAGUCGUAAUUCUGGUAUCCUAGAAUGUCAGUUCAUAAAUUUGUUUAACAGUGCUUUUAAUCUAAAAGCAUUUUCAAUUGAUAUUCAUGAAACAUCUUUCAUCACAUCUUGUGUGAAUUUGAUAGGUGUAGGGUUGUAUCUUAUCUGAGGAGAUGAUUCAAAUUCUAUUUUUGAUUUAUACCAAGAGGGUUUUUUAGGACUGUUCCAUUUAAACAUACAUGGUACCCAAGGAUAGCCCUUUUUAAAUGGUGUCACUACCUAAAGAGGCAAUAUGGAAUUUCACCUACAUUUUCACUGACUACCACCGAUAGUUGAGAUUUAUAAAGUACAUGUAGUCCCAUGUAUGUUUUUAUUGGAACAGCCCUCAUACUCAAACAGUAUUGAUACUCAAAACAGUAUUGCAUAAAUGUCAGUUAUGACCUUAUAAUUAUUCCCUCCAAAGUCACAAAAGGGAAUUCAAAUUAAUGGUUGGAAUUGAAAUUUUACAGUUUGGAUUAGAUGAACAAAAAAUGGGAGAUAACUGAAAUGCUUUCUCUAAUUUACUAUUUAUUCAGAAAAAAACUUACGAUAUAAUGUAAAAGUUUUGUGAAGUUGUUAAACUAUAGGUUGAUUUUCCAUACUAUACCACCAGAGACAUAUAAUACAUGUCUCUGAUACCACAAAGGAUAAUGCAAUGUUCUCAAUUCCAAGUUUCAAGAUUUAGCUAGAGUUAUUCCCCUUUGCAUAUGGAAAUCAUCUAUGAUACAUAAUUGUUUUUUACUGUAGAGUUGUAGAUCAGAAAUUUAUUAGUUGCCAUUACUGUGAUAAUGUAAACAUCUUUUACUGAACAAUAGAAAAUAUUUAUUUUAUGUAAGAUAGUUUCUUUUAUUAUUAUAUCAAUUUAGUCACAUCUUUAGAAAAAUAAGGUGAUGUGGUUAUUUAUACUGUAAUCCAGCCUUCUGCUCACUCAAAUUGUAAUGUCGGACUACAUUUUUUGUUUAUAAAUAGUCACAAACUGAAUGAAUUCUUUUUUGUGACAUUGAUAGUGUGUUUCUUAAGACUAUCAUCUAUGACUUCCUGAAAGAAUGCAGGUUUGCAGAAUUUUUAUGUCAUCUCCUUCAAAUUCAAAAUUUUACUUUUUUACACAGAAUAUUUCAUUUGGAAGAGUUAUAAGAGGUGUAAGUAUUUUGUGUAUUGGUAUUGUGUUAUUGAUUUGCAAAUAAGUUCCUUUUUUGAUAAGCUAGUUCUAUUUUUUUUAAAUAUAAUAUUUUUGAAACAUGAAAAUUUUUGUAUUGACAAAAAAGAGAGAAUCUUCUACUUCUACUAGGGGGUGUUUAACAACCUUGACUACCCUUGAGUGUCUUGCAAGGUCGGUAGAAUCUUCUACUUCUACUAGGGGGUGUUUAACAACCUUGACUACCCUUGAGUGUCUUGCAAGGUCGGUAGAAUCUUCUACUUCUACUAGGGGGUGUUUAACAACCUUGACUACCCUUGAGUGUCUUGCAAGGUCGGUAGAAUCUUCUACUUCUACUAGGGGGUGUUUAACAACCCUGACUUCCCUUGAGUGUCUUGCAAGGUCGGUAGAAUGUUAUAUUAAGUAAAUAUGAAUAGCCUAAUUCUAGUUAUUGUAGAAUAAUGGUUUACUUUUAUAAAUUUUGACUUGGAUGGAGAGUUGUCUCAUUGGCACUCAUACCACAUCUUCUUAUAUCUAUUGGUAGGUUUUGUUUGUUUUGUUAUGUGUUUUUUUUUAAUAUUAGAUUUUGAUUUUUUUGUGUUAUAUUUUAAGGUAAAAUGCUAAAACAUCAGUAUUCAUAUAUGGCCAACAUAUUAUAUUCACACAUUAUUUUGAAAUAAUGGAGCAUUCUCAGAGAGCAUAUAUGUUUCAAUAAUAAUAAUCAUGAACUUAUUUGAUAUAAAGCUAAAUGUUGACGCCCUUCAGGUUUUUACCUUACACUAACACAUGUUUCCAUUCUCAAUUUUAUUCAUCAUUGAAAAUUCUUAUAAUUUGCCCUUUUUAUAGUGUAAACUAAACACAUGAAUUCAAAAUGGCAUAACUUUUACAUUACAUGGAUUACACUUUUCAUCAGAAUUAAGAUUGUGUUUCUACAAUGUAAAAUCCUAAAGAGCUAGGUAAUAUUUCACCUACAAAGUUCUUACAGAUGAACUUAAUGCUGUCAUCUCAUGAUCUGAUUGGUCAAUUUUGUUUUUGAAAGAAAUUACUGUAAAUUCAGAAAUUAUUAUGUGCAUUUAUUAUUGCAAUUUUUGAAAAAAUGCACAAAAAUGUGAGAUAAAUUAUUGAGUUGUAAGGAAAAUCUGCAUACAUACUGUAAAUUCAGAAAUUAUUACGUGCAUUUAUUUUUGCGAUUUUUGAAGGAUGGACUAAAAUGCGAGAUUAAUUAUUGCGAUUUUAGGAAAAUCUGCAUACAGAUAUAAGUAUAAGAUAUCAGAAUGCGAGUUCUUAUUAUUGCGAUCUUCAUCCACUCGCAUUAUUCGCAUUAAUAAAAACCUGGCAAUAAUUUCUGAAUUUACAGUAUAUGAAUCAGAUAUCAAAAUGGAAGUUCUUAUUAUUGCUGUACUCGACCAGUCGCAUUACUGGCAUUUAAUAAAAACCUGGCAAUAAUUUCUGAAUUUACCGUACAUUUAAUGUUAUUUUUAUUUACUUGUUACAUUAAAAAAUGUAAUUAUUUUUAUGAUAAACUGGUGUUUAUGUUGAGGACUGUUCUAUUAAGUCAGAUCCCUGGAAUUCAACAAUAGUUUGUAUGAUAGGUGAUUUGUAUCAAAGCUUCACUGUUAACAACAAUACAAUUCACAUCUAUUGAUCGUCCUGAACAUGCAUGAAAUAUUUGCCACUGAACGAUAAGCAGCCAGCCAUCAAUCAGUCAAUCACAUCUAUUGGGUUGGGCAAUAGAUAUGAAAUAUACACCUCAAUUGUUAAAAAAGACAGGAACAUCAAAGUAUUAAUUUUUUGCUAAUGAUUAGAAUAAGUUGACAGAAAAUUGGAGGUUAACUGCCUGUUUUUGAGAACAUCCUCCCUGAAUUUUCUAUUUUGAUUUAAUGGAACAGCCGUUAAAAAUGUAUUUUGAAAGAGUUGUGAGAGAAUAUGGUUGAUCUGAAUGAAAAUAAAAAGUUGAAGAAAGAA